GUGCAAUAAGAGAGAGGAACCAAAGGACAUCCUCAGUCGAUAGGCAGCAGUAAAGCAACAUGGAGGCGGCUGUGGACAUGAACAUCUAUCAAAACUCCCCUGAUGGGCAACAUACUCAGGCCCCUGCAUGCAGACAUCACAAAGAGUACAGAUUGUACAGACUGAUUGCAGUGAGUUUUGGGAUUCUCUGUGUUCUGCAAGUGGCUCUUAAUAUCUACCUGCGUCUCGCUGGAAGACCUUGUCCAGAGGGGUGGCUUUCUUAUGGUAGCUGCUACUAUAUUUCAGUCUCACGCAGAAACUGGACUGAUAGCCGGGACCAGUGCCUAAAGAGGGGUGCAGAUCUGAUUAUUAUAAGCAAUCAAGAGGAGCAGAAAUUUGUGAGAGCGCUCUCCGUGCAAGCGUGGAUUGGUCUCAGCUACAGCAAAAAAGACUGGGUCUGGAAAUGGGUAGAUGGUGCAACACUGACCAAUGGCACUGGAUACUGGUUGAAAGGAGAGCCCAACAAUCUGAAGAUGAAGGAGAACUGUGGUGAGACGUGGGUUCGUGAACCAUCUCUUCAGACCUGGAAUGAUAACAACUGUGACUUUGAAUUACAGUGGAUAUGCGAGAGGGCACCUUAGUCCAACUGAUGCAAGAUGGAGGUGUUAUGAGUGAUUUUGAGCUACAGCACAUUUGUCUAUUGUUUCUUUUUUGAAGAUCAUUAUUCACAUUUUCACAUUCUGUAUAAUACUGUAUGCACUGUGUGUUAAACAGUGCAUACAGUAUUACUAUAUUAUUCUAAGCUCUCUUUUGCUGUUGUUUAUUUCAGGUGUCUUUUAGUCAUAUUUUCUCUCAUUCUCAAGGGCAUAAUAAAAAAAAAAAACCUCACCCUCACCAAAUGGACUGCUGAUAUCAUUCUCCUCCUGUAGUGGCGUUGUUCUUACAUUUUUAUUAAAACAAAACCAAAAACUGACAGCUCAAAUCACUGUCUAAAAAGAAAAUCACUAUUGUUGGAGAAGAGAACUCUGAUAAUACAGCUUGUUAAGGAGACAUCCGGUGAGUUUUCACAUAAAUCUCCGUUUCUCGAGGUCACUAAGUACUGUCGGUACGGAAAAAAACAAAACAAUCAGUUUUACCUAGCUCGACUUGCUGCAGCCAGCAUUUAACUCCCAGGCAGCUAUGGUG